UCUUCAGAACAAACUAGACUCUGACAAAAUGAGUGGUCGCGGCAAAGGAGGAAAAGGACUCGGUAAAGGAGGCGCCAAGCGUCACCGUAAAGUUCUCCGUGAUAACAUCCAGGGGAUCACCAAACCUGCCAUCCGCCGCCUGGCCCGCCGUGGUGGAGUGAAGCGUAUCUCCGGUCUGAUCUACGAGGAGACCCGCGGUGUGUUGAAGGUGUUCCUGGAGAAUGUGAUCCGUGAUGCCGUCACCUACACCGAGCACGCCAAGAGGAAGACUGUGACCGCCAUGGAUGUGGUGUAUGCUCUGAAGAGGCAGGGCCGCACUCUGUACGGCUUCGGAGGUUAAAUCACUGACUAUUCAUUACUGGAAACCAAAGGUCCUUUUAAGGGCCACCCUCUUACUCAUCCAGAGAGCAGACUUCCUCUUAAAAUCAAAUAGUGACACCCUUAUAUUUAAGUUACAAUAUAACUAACACUGUUACAAUGUCGUUCCAUCUCAACUAUGUAGCCAUUUGAUGCAAGAUGAUCUAACCUAAAGGAAAUGCUAUCAAAAGAUACACAAUUCUUCUGAGAAGUAAAUUUAUCGCUAGUGAGGAUGAUCUAUUUGGAGAUAACUGGGGAGAUGUGGCUUUUGGAUGAUCUGGAGGAACUUUAAUUUUGCAACGGUUGGUGCAUGCAAUAAGAGGAAAGUUCUGCAAAAGUCAAGAUCAUAAAUAUUAAAUGGAAAAAUUACAAUCAAAAUAGUCCAAGAGAAAGAUACAAAAUAUAACACUGUGCAUGGAGAGGUUUAAUGGUAGUUUGUUGAUCUUUUUUGUCUUUAAAUACAACUUAAUAUCCCAAUCUGGGAUCCUGCCUGUCCAAAAUCUAAAGUUAGUUUUGCAACACAUGGUUAAAAUCUGAGCUCAUCUUAUUUAACUCUAAAAUAUUCAUAUAGUAUUCAACUCAACAUGUGUACUUUAAAAUCCACUACAGUUAAGAAUAGAAUAAAGCUGGUAAACCAUUUUGGAUGUUGCCUCAUUA